AUGCCAACGAAAGAAGAUGAGCUUGACUUUGAGAUAGGCAAUUUACCUGAAGGGCUUAAUGUUAGUGAAUCCAGUGGUGCCCCUGAACAUUUGCAAACAAACUCACUUGAGUUAAAGCAAGAUAUUGGCAAAUUCGGAUUAGCAGGGAAAAUAUGGCAAAGUCAAAUCAAAGUCGAACCUAAAAACCCGAUUCCUGAAGCCUAUUAUCGUAACCAUAAUAAUGAGCACAGUUCUGAUGACAGUAAACCAUUUAAGGUACUAGAGUUGGGCGCAGGGACAGGAUAUGUAGGUAUUGCGUUGGCGUCGCAGUUAAAAAGGCCUGCUCAAGUCUAUAUCACCGAUUUAGAACAGGUUGUCCCACUGAUCAAUGACAAUGUACUGCUUCAUUACUCGGAUCAUUCAUCUGAAAAGAAAGAAACAGCAGCAGCAGAUAUUUUUGUGGACCGUCUCCAUUGGGGUAAUAAGGCCGACGCGAAACGAUUGCUUGAUAAAGCAGGCGGAUCAUUUGAUUUAGUGGUAGUCAGCGAUUGCGUCUAUUUUCCAGAGCUGUUUGGCAUCCUAAUAGAUACAUUGAUUACAGUGUGUGAUGCUCAAACCAAAGUAGUGAUUGGUUACAAAUGCCGAUCUUUGGAGAAGGAAGUUGGAUUUUGGCAAGAUUAUUUCGGCAGGUUUUUUGAAUAUGAGCCCGUACGCAAGGUGGACUUGUUGGAAGAAACAGUCGAAGUGGAAGAGGCGGGCAAAAAAGUGACUAAAAAAAUUCAAAAGGAAGAGUUGGGCGAAUUUCUGGGCGCAGAGGAGCAGCUAUUUGUCUUUGUCGGUAAAAAGAGGCCGAAUAAUCAAGUGAAAGCAGCUGAUGAUACAUUCACAACAUUACUGUUUUGUUCAAUGGGGCUAUGA